ACAACGGUUGUUCAUGUCUGCCGGACGAAAGUGGUGUGCCGCACGCGAACUUUAAAUAAUUAAUAUUACAAAAAAAUAUAUACACAUCUGUGAUACGAAAACAGUAUUAAGCAGGAUUUUGUCGUGGUUCGGUUUCAGUGUGUUGUGACUGUCAGUGUAGAGUGGUUGCUGUGAUAAUUUAAUAACCAUGAAGCCACUAUUCUCUAUAGUGGUAGCCAUAUUGGUGAUCGCGGCAAACGCACACCCAGAAAACAUCGAGCAAGUCAAAGAACUGCCCCAAAGCCACGAACCAGUCCUGGAGGCAGAAGCUAGCGAGCCACAGGCGAGAACAGAACGAUGCACAGCUUGCGCUGGCACCCACAGCUUAAAAUCCCCCAAAGAACUCCUAGCCUCGCUAAAAACCCUCCCAAAUGCUGAGGUCCACACUCAAUCCACUUUCGAGGAAUGCUCAUCCGAAAAGGGAUGCGCUGGAGUUAAGAUAAAGGAUGGAAAGAUUGUCCAGAAGUUCGGUAACCUCCAGGCUUUCAAGGCUGCAGCCAACGCUGACGCAGCCAACGAAUUCCAGUUCCAGGCAGCUGGAAACAGCGUCUUCGAAGGUGGUGUCGCCAACGGUGGACCCUUCUGGUGGAUGAACGAACAGAACUCCCCCUUCAAGAACGCUGGUGCUGGUGGUUCUUUUGAGAAGUUCAGCAAGUCUUCUUCCAGCUUCACCAGCUCAAGCAACACUGGUGCUGGUGGCGUUGAUUUGGGCGCCAACCCAUUCUUGAACGGUGGUUUCUCGAAAUUGGCUGGUAAUGCCGGCUUUACUGGUGCCGGUGGCAAUUUCGCUGGAAGCCAGUCCUUCGAAUCAUCAUCCUCGACAAAGGAGAUCGACAUCAGCAAGAACCCGUUCUUGAGCGGAGGUGCUACUGGUUUCGGUGGUCAGAACUCUUUCGGCAGUGCUCAAGGUAACUUCGGAGCUGGACAGAGCGGUUUCAACAGCUUCAGCUCUGGUUCAAGCUCCAACUUUGGAUCAAGCGGGUCUGGUUACACUGGUUCUUCUCCAUCUCCCUUCGCUGCUUCUUCUGGUGCCAACGUGAACUUGAUCCAGAACUCGCAGAAGAACGAAUUCGACUAUGCCCAGCAGACACAACAGAAUAUUGACGAGAUCUUCCAGAGCACUGGAAAUGUGAAUGCUCAUGAUAACUCUGGAGGUGAUUUGCAGCAGACUUGCGCUGGGCAAGGAUACGUGUGUGUGUUGAAGUCUCAAUGCAACAACGGUGUUGUCAACACUAAUGGAGGUGGUCUUCUGCAGGCUAACACUCAGAAACAAUACUGCAACACCAGAACUGAAAUCUGCUGCAGGAUCGAAACCUCAGGCGCUGGGAUCCAAGGAUCCCUUGGAGUAGGAUCCGGUUUCCAGGCUAGUCAAGGAUCUGGAGUAUUCCAGGGCUCAAGCCAAGGCAGCCAAUCCAGCUUCGGAGCUGGCUUCAAUGGGAACAGGGGCAGUGGAUUCGGCACCCAAUUCGCAUCAGGAUCUGGAUUCAACAGCAACAAAUUCGGAGCGUCCGGAUCUGGAUUCGGAUCUGGCUUCAAAUCGACCAGCCAAUCCAAUUUCAUUGAAACUGAUUCCUUCUCCGCUGGUUCAGAUAACAGUGGUGUCUACCGCCCAGGUGCUGUUGGGUCCGGGCUUAAACCUGGUGUGCCAUACUUGCCUCCUGUGGACACUAGUUCCAGUGGAUCGAAUGUGGUCACCGCCUCCUACUUACCACCUGUUGUUACCACCCCUCGCCCCUUCAGUCCUCGUCCUGUGACCACCCCUAGGCCUUAUUCGACGCCUAAGCCCUAUGUGCCUUCAACCGGCGCUCCUGGGUACCUUCCACCUGAUGUAACCGGAGCUGAUUCCAACGUCAAUACCUUUACUACUAGUUACUCUGAAGGAAGUACCAUCUUAGAUGAAACCCUCACGACUCAAAGGCCUCUUAUUCCUAUUGUUCCUAUUGGUGACUUGCCCGCUGGUUGCGCCGCUGCCCUGAAGUGCACACCGAUCGAAUACUGUACCGCUGAAGGUAUCAUCUCCAACACCACCGUCGUGCUGACGAGAGACCAGGAGGCUUACAGAGUGCCUUUAACUGACUGCAAGGAUCUCGCAAGUGGUAUCAUUGGAAAAUGCUGCCGUGAUCCCUUCUACACUGACCCAUGGCCAGUCAAUCAGCUCGGUCAAUGGGUGCCUGGAGCAUUCGGAAACGAUGGAAAAUACGUACCAGACAACCGUGGCAGUUCCAACAAUCAGCCUGGAGUGACCGUCAGGCCACCCAUUACUGGGUCCACUCUUCUGAACACUAACCUUGGACCCACACCCAAACCAAUUCUACCAGUCGGACCGAACCAGGUCACCCAAGGUUUCGCCGCUACCACAGUAACACCCGGGUCUUUCGUCCAGAAAACCCAAUACGGACAGGGUUCUUACUCCCAAGGAGGUCAAGGGCAAGUGGCUAUCCAGGGUCAGGGCAAAUAUGGAGUAGCUGGACAAGGUAGCCAAGGUGCUGGCUUCGGCAUCACCCAGGGUGGUGGCCAGGUGAUCAAACAAGGCCAAGGAGUAACCGUCUCCCGCGGACAAGGCUUCGGCGUCUCUCAAGGAUUCGGACAAGGAAUCCGUCAAGGAUCAGGAUCUGCCGUCGUACAGGGUGGAGGAUUCGGAGUCAGCCAGGGUCAAGGGCAAAUUGUAACCCAGGGUCAAGGGCAACUCGUAUCCCAGGGUCAAGGAGUAGGAGUUAUUCAAGGUCAGGGCCAGGGAGUGAGACAGGGUAGUGGCCAAUUUGUGUCUCAAGGGCAAGGAGUUGGAGUUAUUCAGGGAGGAGGCCAGGGUGUCAUCCAGGGAGGUGGCCAAGUUGUCACUCAAGGGCAAGGAUUCGCCGUUACCCAGGGUCAAAGACAGGGAGUGUCCCAGGGUGUAGGAAUCGGUGUUGUUCAAGGAGAGGGUGUUGGAGUCAGCAGAGGACAAGGAUUCGCUGUGACCGGCGGCCAGGGACAGUACACCACCCAGGGUCAAGGAACUCUCGUCUCCAGAGGACAGGGGCAGACCGUUAGCCAAGGAGUUGGAUUCGGAGUAACCCAGGGCCAGGGUUCGGCUGUCAGCCAGGGACAAGGAUUCGGAGUAUCUCAAGGACAAGGAUUUGGAAUCUCCCAGGGAGGUGGAGUUGGCGUCUCUCAAGGAAACGGCUUCAGAGUAUCCCAGGGUGGUGGCUUCGGAGUCAGCCAAGGCAUUGGUUUUGGAGUGCAGCAGGGUCAGGGACAGGCUAUUCUUCAAGGUCAGGGGCAGAAGCUGAUCCAGGGUGGUGGAAGUUACUCCAUCAACGGUGGAGGAUUUGGAGUGGAGAAUGAGUUCGCAGAGUCUGUCCAGAGGGUCUACCUGCCCAGAUACACUGGAUCCGGAGAAUGUGGAAUAUUGAACCCGCAAAAGCCUUACGGAAACCGCAAGGAUCUGGAGGUAGACUUCGCGGAGAUCCCCUGGCAGGCGAUGGUACUGCUGCAGACCAACAGGAGCCUCCUGUGUGGAGGAGUCAUCACAAGACCCGAUGUCGUCAUCACUUCUGCUAGCUGCGUCGAAGGACUUAAAGCAGAAAACGUGCUAAUCAAGGGAGGAGAAUGGAAACUUGGAAUCGAUGAAGAGCCCCUACCAUUCCAGAUUGUCCAGGUGAAGACUAUCCUACGUCAUCCUGGCUACAAAGCUGGAAACUACGUCAAUGACGCUGCUAUCCUCGUCCUCUCAGAAAACCUGAGGCUUGCGAAGAACAUCUGGCCCAUAUGCCUUCCAUCAUCCAAAGACACCCUGGAUGCCUUCUACAAUGGAGCUGGUGAAUGCAUCGUCACUGGAUGGGGCAAAUCUGUUUUGCAAGCUCAUCUUCUGGGCAGCAUCAUGCACAGCAUGAACGUGUCACUCCUGAACCCUGGAGAAUGCGAGUCCAAGAUCACCCAGGACUACCCACACCUUCUGGAACACUACAGCCAGGACAGCUGCGUCUGCGGACAGCCCACCAACCCAGCCAAUAAUAUCUGCAAGGUUGACAUCGGCAGCGCUCUCGCCUGCACGACCGGCGACAACCACUACGUCCUCAGAGGAAUCUACUCCUGGGACUCUGGCUGCCAGACGGGCAACCAACUCGCUUCCUUCUACAAAUUCGACCUCGAAUGGUACGAAUGGGCCAUCGGUCUCAUCGAGAGCGUCCGCUUCGAGAAGUACACCGUCAUCAAGGUCACCAAGAACAAGAUUAUCACCCAAGGAACUGGCACCAAGACCACUUACGGCACCGGAGUCCAGGGUACCACUGGCUUUGGCAUCAAGGGUAGCUCUGGAUUUGGCAUUAAAGGCUCAUCUGCAGCCAUCAAGGGCUCAGGAGCUACAGCCACAGCCGUCGCCGGUAGUGGACUUGGAAUUAAGGGCUUCGAGGUAUCAGGCUCUGGAGCAGGCCUAGGCAUCAAAGGCUUCGGUUUAGCUGGACAAGGCCAAUCAGGUCAGUUCACCCAAUUCGGAUCAGCUAACUUCGGCACUGGAUCAGGAGAAUUCUCCACUGAAGUCAAGGGACCUAUCCAGAAGACUUUCACCACAACUAUCACGGAAAAGAAGUUCUUCCAAACCGAACCCAAAUUCGUGACCUACACCACGAAACCAGAAAUCAUCAGCUACACAACGAAACCUGAAAUCGUGACUUUCACCACCAAACCUGAAAUUGUCACGUUCACGACAAAACCUGAAUACUUCACUUACACAACGAAGCCGAAAUACGUGACUUACACGACGAAACCUGAAAUUGUAACUUACACCACGAAACCUGAAAUUGUAACUUACACGACAAAACCUGAAAUUAUUACUUAUACUACUAAGCCGAAGAUUGUGACUUAUACCACUAAGCCUCAAAUCAUCAGGUAUGAUUACCAGACCUCUGGAAGUCAGACAAAUCAGCAAGUGGUAGCCCCUAGCGUAUCUUUCAACCCCUCCUUUUCCGAAGUGGUGGGAGCCGGCCAUGUUCACGACGCUAAGUGCAAAUGUCUUGAAGGAAAAUAAAAAAAAACGAACUUGAUAUUAAAAAACGAAAUAAAAUUGGUAACUUAAAUGCUUUGGAGUGGACCAUGUGCCAUAAUUUCUUCAUUUUUUUUCGACCGUAUAAAAUUUUUUUUUAGGUUUUUUUUUUUGAAUUUAAAUUUUUAUUAUUUUGGGAUUUUUUUGUGUAAAUUAAAUUUACUGAAAGAAAGUUAUAUGUUAUACUCCAGUUCCUAUAAGCGAAGUUACCAUCAUUCUGGUCAAAAUUAGGUUUUGUUUUUUUUAUAUACUUAAAAUAAUAAUAAUUGUUGUUUUUUUUUUGUACAAGAAAACUGCGAGCGAAAUAAUUCUGAUUUUUUUUGUUUAUUAAUAUUUUAAUUUUUUUAUUUAUAAAUAUAAAUAAAUAUUUAUAAAGAUUCUGUAAAUAGGUAGGUUAUAUUUAAUUAUUUUUUUCUGUAAUGUAUGUAUGUAUGAUUUAUAAUUUUUUAGUCUCCCAGUAUGUUAUUUUAUUUUGUAAUUUUUAUAUUUUGACUUAAAAGAAAGGGCUUUAAGUUUUUUUUUAUAAUUUGAAAACUGCCAAGAUUUUUUUUGUAAUUAUGAUUAAAAGUAUUAAUUUUUCUACUCGCCCCCCGUCCCAGCUUCUUAUUUUUAAUAAAUCUUAUUUUAUAACUAAGUAUAUUGUAUAAGUAAAUUACAUUGAUAAUCUUUUUUAUACUGAUUUUUAAGUAAAAAGGAAAAAUAUGAAAAAUUAGAAAUUUGACCAUAUUGGGUGAUAAGCAAAUGCCAACAUGGUCGACUAUCUAAUGAGAUUGGUAAUAAGUUGUAAAAACAAAAUAAAAAAAACUCACUGAUUUUAAUCUUAA